AUGGCUUCUUCAUUGGAAAGGAAAAGCCAUCCCAAAAUCAAUCAUGUUGAGACUGAGGAUGAAAUUACAACGGAAGAGGAAGAAGAAAGUUUAUGCUAUGCCCUGCAGUUGGUGGGUUCUUUUGCGUUGUCCAUAUCUCUGCAAUCAGCGAUUGAGCUUGGCGUUUUUGACAUCUUAGCCAGAGAGGGUCCAAGCGCCAAGCUCUCUUCGUCUGAGAUCGCAGCUAAGAUUGGCACCAAGAAUUCUGAGGCACCCAUGAUGAUGGAUAGGAUUCUCAGGCUCCUCACCAGCCACUCUGUUCUCCAUUGCUCUCUUGUUGCUGCUAAUGAGGAUGAAAAUGGUGCGUCUAAUUUUCAGAGAGUCUAUAGCCUUGGCCCCGUAUCCAAGUACUUUGUGAAUGAUGAAGAAGGUGGUUCUCUGGGCCCCUUGAUGACAUUGAAUCAAGACAAGGUCUUCACGGAAAGCUGGUCUCAACUGAAAGGUGCAGUUGUUGAAGGAGGAAUUCCAUUUAACAGGGUCCAUGGCAUGCAAACUUUUGAGUUUCUAGGUUUGGACCCCAAGUUUAAUCAAGUGUUCAACACAGCAAUGUUCAACCACACCACCCUUGUCAUCAAGAAACUUCUUCACAUCUACAAGGGUUUUCAAGACAAGAACCUCACACAACUUGUUGAUGUUGGUGGUGGCUUUGGAGUGACCCUUAAUUUGGUCACAUCUAGAUAUCCCCAUAUAAGGGGUAUCAAUUACGACUUGCCCCAUGUCGUAAAUCAUGCCCCCUCCUAUCCUGGUGUGGAACAUGUUGGAGGAGACAUGUUUGCUAGUGUUCCAAGUGGGGAUGCCAUUUUUAUGAAGUGGAUACUUCAUAAUUGGAGCGAUGAGCACUGUCUAAAGCUGUUGAAGAAUUGUUACAAAGCUAUUCCAGACAAUGGAAAAGUGAUUGUUGUGGAAGAACUACUUCCAGCUAUGCCAGAUACUAGCACUGCUGGGAAAGCCACUUCCCAACUUGAUGUGAUUAUGAUGACUCAAAUUCCGGGAGCGAAGGAGAGGAGUGAACAAGAAUUCAUGGCCCUGGCAACUGGUGCUGGAUUUAGUGGCAUCAGAUAUGAAUGUUUUGUCUGUAACCUCUGGGUUAUGGAAUUUUUUAAGUAG